CGAUACAAAUCAAACCAGUAAAUAAAUAAAUAAUUUAUUUAUUGCUAAUUCGUUUUGAUAUUCAAUCUUAUUACCUAAAUAUAGACCAAUAAACCAAAAUUAUAAUAUUACAAAUUCACCAUUUCUCUAGAUACUCUUUCAGUUUGAACAUAAAAUCUCGUAUAAAGCAUAAACUAUUUUGUUCUUUUGUGGUACAGGCACAUAUUAGUUUUGUGGGUAAUUCUAAUUCAAAUUUGUUGUAUAUUUAUUUUAUUGUGUAAUAAUAUAAUACAACUGAUGACAUUGAAGACUGUGGCUACAUUAUUCUUUUUAAAUUGUAAUAAAUACGGACGAAAAAAAUGUUGGAAAUAGACAAAUAUUGUCGUACUUGUAUGAAAUACAAUACAAGUUUGAUGGACUUAUUUCAACCACUUCAUUAUGACAAUAUUGCUCCAGUACACAAUGUUCUAAUGGAAUGCACUGGAAUGCAGGUAUCAAAAGAUGAUGGCUUGCCACAGAAAAUAUGUGAUGAUUGUUUAAAAAUGAUUAAAUCUAUGUAUUCAUUUCGUGAACAAGCAUUGUUAGCCGAAGCUAAAUUAAAGAAAAUUAUUUCAAUACAAAAUGUAAAAGGCGAAGAAAUAAAAACAGAAGUUAAAUCUGAAGUAGUAGAUGAUUUUGAUGCAAAUCUCGAUAGUUUUUUACUUGAUUCAGACUUUCCUAAGGAAGAAGUUGAAGACUAUCAUCAACAUAACAAUGUGGCUGAUGUUUGUAGUGAAAUAGAUUUACCAAAAAAUGAAUAUACAGAUGACACAUUUGAUGGAGACUUUGCAUUAUCCGAAAAUAAUUUUAAUUUGGAACAGUACUCAACUAGUAGAGAAUCAGAUAGUUCUAAGAAGUCACGAAAAAAAUUCUCAUGUUCAAUAUGUAAUAAACAGUAUAACAAAAUUUCUUCUUUAAAUAAACAUUUAACCAAACAUAAACCAUUAAAUAAAUUACGAUGUAAUAUAUGUGAUAAAGAUUUUGAAACAGAAACUUUGUUAGUUGAGCAUACCUUGAGUCAUAGUGAGGAGUUAACCAUAAAAACAGAUACUAAUGAAGAUAAAAUAUAUAAAUGUCCAAACUGUGAUUUGAAGUAUAGUAAAAGAAGAUCUCUUUCAAUGCAUCUAAAAAGGCACAAGGGUGAAAAUUCCCAUAGCAAUAAAAAGCGGUAUGUUUGUGAUAUGUGUCACAAAGAUUUCGCUAUGAAAUCAUUGUUGAAAAGGCACAUGCAAUUACAUAGUAAAGAAAAAGUUGUGAAAUGCACUAUAUGUUCUAAAAGUUAUUACAGACAAGAUCAAUUUCUUGAACAUAUGAAAAAGCAUAAUGGAAUUAAACCUCAUGUAUGCUCUUAUUGCAAUAAAGGUUUCACACAGCUGUGCAGUCUAAAGGACCAUGAGAGGACCCACACUGGAGAGACACCUUAUCUCUGCUCCCAAUGUGGAAAGGGCUUUGCUAACAGUUCAAACCUUAGACAACACAUGAUGCGCCAUACUGGACUCAAGCCUUUUUCUUGUAAAUUGUGCCCUAAAACAUUCUGUACAAAAGGACAGGUAACAUCACAUAUGACCACACAUACUGGCGCGCAUCCGCAUAGUUGUGAGGAAUGUGGCGCCAGAUUCACAACAAACACUUCUUUAAAGAAACACAAAUUAAUACACCUAGGAAUCAAGCCAUACAGCUGUGAUACGUGCAAACAAAGUUUCUCAUGCAAGGACCAUUUAAAACGACAUUACCGCAUCCAUACCGGAGAGAAACCUUACAAGUGCAUAUAUUGCGAACGAGCUUUUACACAAUCCAAUGAUCUCGUCAAACACAAACGAACACACGAGGGACAAAAUUUAUAUAGAUGUACAAUAUGUGGUAUGAGGUUCAGACUUGCUACCGAGUUAAAACAGCACUACCCAGUUCAUUAUGUUGAAGGUGAUGUUACUAUACCCAUCGGAAAAGGGAUAGAGGCACCUGUACUUAUACUAAAACCUGAAGAAAUGGCGCAAACGACGGAAACCAGUGUAAACGAAAUAGACCCUAGAAUUACUAUAACAAUCAAUAGUGGCUUAGACAAGAAUGGAUUAGCUGGGGAUAUCACAAUUGAUAUUAGCCCGGAGAAAAGUUAAUAUUAUUUAGAACAAAUUAUAUGUGAUAUGCGCCUUAUAUACAAUUUAGUGUAUCAUAGAUUCCUGUAUUAUAUUUGGAUACUAAAUAAGGUAUCAAUCCAUUCACAUUCUAAUGCCCGGUAUUCUCAUUUUAUUCAUCGCGUCUGUUCUUAUAAUAGGAGUAUAUUAUCCUACUAUAUAGUUUAAUUAUAUUAUACAUUGAUCCUGAGUCAGUGAUAGGAGUUUUAAUACAGUAUAGUGUCUUUUCAAAGAAAUUUGUCAUUUGUAAGUACUUAUUCUGUAAAAAAACUCAUAUUAAUGGUUGUAACAAAGUUACUUAGAAUCAUUGUAGGCAUAAUUUAUACUUUUUUUAUUAUACAUAAAAAAAUUUAUAAAAUAUUUAAUUUAUAUUUUAUAAUUUUUUUUAUGUAAUUAAACAUUCAAGGCAUGUCUUUUCAAAGAUAUUUGUUAAUUCUAAAUACUUGUACCAUAAGAAAAUAAAGUCAUUAUCAAUUAUUGUUACUAAGUUCUCUUGGAAUCAUGGCCAAAACGGCGAAUACAAAUUGCAAUGUUAAACCUAAAUAUCUAUCUAAAUAUGUAUCUUUUAUAUUAGAAGACAGUUACAAAAUAAGACUGUUAUUUAAUUUAAAAUUGGUUUCCCAUUAUGAAGUUUCAUCACAACAUUAUUUUUGCAAUAUGUUAGUUACAUAUUGCAAAAAUAAUCUUGUGUAAUUCUCGUAGAUAUUGAGCAAUUUACAAAGAUAUGCCGUAUAUUUAAAUAUAUCACCAAUUCAAGGAGCUUCAAUUUGAAUUUAAUUUAGUUAUAUAUUAUUACUAAAGUAGUGCACACUACAACAUUAUUCUAAUAAUUUGUAAAUAUAUAUAAAAAUUAGAGUUUAACAGCGAAGUAAAUAUAGCUUUAUGUUCCGAUUAACUCUAUCAAAAGAAUCUUCCAACAAUAAUCUGACAACUUAAUCUCAAUUUUAUUUAUAUACAUAACACAGAAAACAACUUAACCAGCAUCAGUUUAUAUCAAUUUAUAAUUUUAUGUGGCUGUUUGUGAUAAUAUGUAAGCGAAAUUACAUUAUAUAUAUGUUCUUAUAUUAUUUAUUUAAAAUACUCGUAUUUAGUUACAUUUCAAUGUUUUAUUACGAUUUAUAAGCGACAAGUUUCAGUACUUUUAAAAAUAGUUCUAUAUGGGCACAGAUAAAAAAUAUUGUACAGAGUAAGACAGUGCACAUUAACGUUUAUUUGAAUUUGUUGUCAACAAUCAAUUUGUAUCAAUACUCCAUAAAAGUAUAGUUGUAUGAUUACAGUCAGGUCCGUAAUAAAAGAUAUUGAAAUAACUUUAUUCAAAUAAACUCAAUACAAGCACUUUUGAACAGUCAUAUUAUUUUUAUUCUACCACUCAUUCGGAACGCAUACUCAUCACAAGAAGAAUGAGCAAGAAACUUGUAUGUUGCUCUUUUGAAUAAAUGUUAUUUUAAAUAAAUAAUUAAACAAUAACAAGUAAGAUGCAUAAUCAAUAUAGAAACCGCACGCAUUCUUAGUGCAAUCAGAUAAUAUUGUCAGCGCUAUUAAUUUUAAGUUUUUUCUACAAAAACAUUACGUAUAUACUCGCUGUAAAUAAAACAUAUGUUAAAAGAUUGUGAUAGGUAUUUCUUAGAGGCUGAAUUAUUUACAAUAUAAACAAUAAUGUACAUAGUGCAUUAAUUCACAAUGAAAAAUUGAUGUUAUUAGGUUUACUAAAAUACCGAUAAUAUUUUGAAUCGGUGUCUACUGUGGAUCGCCUUAUUUACA